AUGCAGCAAGAGGGACAAGGGAAAUAUCAGCUCUUCCCCAAGGGGAGGCAGUCGCCUAGCUUUAACAGCAAUGCUUCGGUGGAUCCCGAGACUGCUUUUGCAAUGGCCAUGAACAACAGCGAAUUCAACGAGAAGCCAGGUGCUGCUCCAACGCUGAAGAUCAAAGUGAACCAACAAACUAUUGUCCGGCGUCGAAAAGCCACCAUCCCGGAACUGGGACCGAUGACAACGGUCCAGGAGGUUACUAUGGACUCUCCAACAAUACCGGGUCGACCACCGCUGCGAGAACGUUCUAUUAGUGCUCCUCAAGACGGAUCAACACAAGAUACAGUCCCUCCAUUGACGCUUAGCAGAGCCAUAUACGCAGCUCCAAAGCAGAUCGAGGUGAAGAGACGACCCAUUGACCCUCGGCCUCCUCGCUUGCCUUCACCAAAGCGACUGGCACCCCUGGUUAUCCCCGAGCCAGAGCAGCUGUCUUUUAUGCAAUAUGUACGACAGCCUUCUCCCCCGAGUCAUCUCGAGGCUGAGAAUACACCACCACUGGGGACUAGUACCAACCAGUACUUGACUCCUAUUAGCAGUUCUACCUCGGACUCUAGCGGCUUCCUCAGUUCGUCUAGCACUGAAGGCACCUCGGCCACCACACUGCCAACUCCUGUCUCAGCACCGAUUAUGGAGAAGAGCUCUGCCAUCAAGCAAUGGGAGCCUCGUAUGCCAUUGAGCGCCAACCGAGCGGAAGAUAGCUCGUAUAGCCAUAGGCGAUUUGCCUCUGAAUCACAGGGAGACAGAGGUAGACCAAGGAAGCGAACGGAGCCGCACAAGAAGAGCAACUCUCAUCCAGGCAACGGCGAAAAGAAGCGAUCCAAGAGCGCCGAGCAGCGCGCAUUUGAGGAGCUUCCUUCGGGCUGCAGACCAGAGAAGGCUGCUAGCCAAAUGAGUGCCAAUGAUCUGGGUAUUCUUCGCCAGCAGGCGCUUGGCCAGGCUGAGAGAUUCGAGGUGCUGCGUGUUGAAGAUGUCGAAAGCUUAUCCAAAGAACUCCGACGACUCGACGAACGAGCAGAGUACCUCCGCCGUACCUACAACUCUUUGAGGAACGGUCGUCGCAACUUUCACUCUCGUAUUUGCCAAUACCUUCGGUCGCCAAUGCGAGGAGCCCGGUUAAGUGCCGAGUCCAUGCUUAGACAGGAGGAGGCGCUGGCCGAGCUAGAUGCCUCUAUCGAUGGCUGGGUAAUUAAGCUCGAGCGAACAGAAAACAGGCGUACACGUGUUCGACAGAAGCUGCUUGAACAUAUUGCUGCGGCCGCCAUACUCUCCAUCGGCAAAGAGACCCCCCCGCCACAGCAACAACCACAACAAACACAACCACAACCAUCUUCGCCUGUACGACAACCAUCCCCUGUACAAAUACGGGUAGUCCAGGACAUUGCCACGCCACCACGGAGCCCGGUUAAGACAACUUUCAGCGACAGGCCUGAGAGUGCCUCACCGCCGCCUCUGCGAGUGGUGGCUCAAGUACCCAGUAUGGUUCUUGAGCUGCCCGCCGAGGAAGUUGUACCUGAAAACAAAACCGACCUAUCACGAAAGUCUACCAUGAAGAGCACAGAUGGUGAGAGCAUCCGCAUCUAUGCCGGCGAUGAGCUUUUUGCUCUCCUGACCGACGUUGAGGAUGAGAUCAUCAGGAUGAACAAUGCCAUUCCAGAGUCCAAUGCCACCCCAGAGUCUGCCACACCAGAGCCAAAUGCCUCACCCAAGCCCGAGGCGAGCCAGUCCGAGUUUCUACAAAUCGGACACGAAGUACCGAGAAGCAGCAACUUUAGGCUUAGCGCCCAGCCCGACUCUCCCACUCUCGCCCCCUCGCCGAUGUUGCCCAAGAGCUUCUUCUUCAAGCCGCCUACUUCCAUGAAAGCUAUCCACUCUCCCGUACCACCGUCCCCCCCUGCACCGGUUCCUCCUCUCAAAGACGUGCCAAAGGAACCUGAAAUAUUCCUUACCAGUGCAGUGUUUAAGCCGAAAUGA